GGCGUGUGUGUGCGAAUUUGGUGCGAAGCUUCUAAAUAGAAAUUGAAAUUUGAAAUUUCUUAAAGGAAUAUUGUAUAAUAAGUAGCCAUUAUUUUAAUUGAUUGAAGACAUUGAAGUUUAUAGUCUGACUUGAUUUUAAAACACAAUGGCUCGUGGAAAAGACAAAAAGAAGCGCAAGUUGGAGAAGAAGCAAGAAGGGGAUGAUGUUCCCAAGAAGGUGCCGCAUACUUUGGAGUCGCUGCGAGAGAAAGAUGAGACGAUGCUGGCUAAUGUUGAGGCUGAGGAACAGGAAGAGGCACAAAAAGACAUGGAGCUAGACGAAUUAUCUUCUUAUUAUGAGAAUUCAUAUGAGCCCAAAGUGUUGAUAACAUACUCGGACAACCCACACAGCAAGACCAGGAUAUUUGGCAAAGAACUCACUAGAAUCAUUCCUAAUUCAAUAUCCCGAUAUCGACAAAGAUCUUCAGUAAAAAGAAUAGUCCAAUCAGCAAUCCGCGAGGAUGUAACAGACGUGAUUGUAGUUAACGAGAAUCAGAAGCAGCCCAAUGGUUUCCUCCUCAUACACUUACCGAAUGGGCCUACAGCACAUUUCAGACUGUCUAGCUGUAAGAUUACUCCAGAACUGAGGAAGGACUGGAAGGAAAUCACUACUCAUAGACCAGAGGUGAUCCUCAACAACUUCAGCACCCGCUUGGGGCUGACGGUGGGCCGUAUGCUGGGCGCUCUGUUCCACUAUGAGCCGCAGUUCCGCGGUCGCCGCGCCGUCACCUUUCACAACCAGCGCGACUACAUCUUCUUCAGACAUCAUCGUUACGAGUUCACAAAAGACGGCAAGCGCGCCAAACUGCUCGAGCUGGGCCCGCGGUUCACUCUCAAGCUCGUGUCGCUGCAGCAGGGCACGUUUGACUCCAAGCGGGGGGACUACGAGUGGAUCAUCGCGGGCAGGAGGCACCAACUGGAAACUUCUAGGAGGAAGUUCUUCUUAUAGGAUAAUACAGUAUUUUAUUAC